GAUGACCGCGGGCGGCGGGGCCGGCGGGGCCCCUAGCGCGGACCUCUGCGAAGGGCGUUCGGGACCCCCGUGCCCGCCCUGCGGCAGAGCAAACGUCUCGGGCCGAGAGCUGCUGCAGCGGACGCCAGACUGCGGCGGGGUCCCGGCCAGUCCUCCCUGGCCGACCGCCCGGGGGCCAGACCCGCCUCCCCGACCCGGAUGGAGCCUGGCGCCUCGGUCUUCUCUGGCUUCCGUUCGCCCCACCGGGCGAGGACAGGAGCAGGUCACCGUCUGCUCCCUAGUCCCCGCCACGGGCCGCCGCCACCAACGACGCUCUGCGCCUGCGCGGCCCGCCGCCUUGUGGGUAAUCUGGAGAAGCGAGAGGAGGCUGGCGCAAGGCGCGGCUAGAGCGUCACCACCCCCAACUCGUAUGCUCGGCGGCCCCGGAGGCUAGAGCGUCCUCCCCAGCUCGUAUGCUCGACGACCCCGGCGGCUAGAGCGUCCCUCCCCUCAGGAGCCGCGUGUGACCUUCCCGCCUGCGGACCGAUGCUGCCGGCGGCUGCUCGCCCCCUGUGGGGGCCAUGUCUCCGGCUUCGGGGCGCCUCGCUCCGGCCCGCCAGGCUGAUGGCUCUGUAUGAAUGGGGGGCUAGGCAACAGGUGCUGCGUGUGUGUGCCAUUCGGCUGAUGAGAUGUAGCAGCCAUCGCCGGGGGGAGGCCCUUGCUGGUGCACCCCUGGAUAACGCCCCCAAGGAGUACCCCCCCAAGAUCCAGCAGCUGGUGCAGGACAUUGCCAGCCUCACACUCCUGGAGAUCUCAGACCUCAACGAACUCCUGAAGAAAACGUUGAAGAUCCAGGAUGUCGGACUCAUGCCAGUGGGUGGCAUGAUGCCUGGGGCUGCCCCUGCUGCAGCAGCGGCCCCUGAGGCAGCAGAGGAAGACAUCCCCAAACAGAAAGAACAGACACAUUUCACCGUCCGCCUGACGGAAGCAAAGCCCGUGGACAAAGUGAAGCUGAUCAAGGAAAUCAAGAACUACGUCCAGGGCAUAAAUCUCGUCCAGGCAAAGAAGCUGGUGGAAUCCCUGCCCCAGGAAAUCAAAGCCAACGUCGCCAAGGCUGAGGCCGAGAAGAUCAAGGCGGCCCUGGAGGCAGUGGGUGGCACCGUGGUUCUGGAGUAGACCAGCUCAGAGGACUUGUGGACACAGCUCCCUGGGACCUGGGCGAGGCCCCGCCCGCUCCACCCCAGCACCCAGGGGCAGCUGAUGGGACCGGCCCAGAGCUGAACUGCGGACCGGCACCACAUGGCCAACUCCGGUUUGGGACAGACGGAUGGACUUACUCAGAUGGAGAGGGAGGGGCCACAGCUGCCUAUGCGAGCACCAGGGAGACAACUCUAGAACAUACUGGAGUUAACGCGCGCCCCCCUGGUGGCUGCUGAGAGAAAUACAUUGUUCAGGCGCCGUGUGUGGA